AUCGAUUCGAGAAACCUAUUCCGAUCGCUCGUCACGGAACAGUCUACCAAGGAGAAAAGCAUAUAUGCGCGACGAGAAAAGAAACGAGGUAAUAAGAUCGUCCAUGACGAACUGCUUUACCGACGGAUUCGUUGACUCGCUGUUGGUAAGGUGCCUCCGCAGUGAUCUAUCGACGAGGAAGAACUCGAGGAGGUAGACCGAGGAGACGCAGCAGUCGCGGAUUACUGGUGGUCGUGAUAAGGGCAAGCGCGGAUGUGUUCCGUUUCGUGAUCGAUGAUCUUUGCGCGGAUCGUUUGAAUCGACGUCUACCUUAGCUCGUUACGCGAGGAACCGAGGACACGGAAACGUUCUCGAGCAGUUUUAUCGCCCGAUCGGCCACGGAUAGUGAGGAUUCUGAAAAAAGAAGUCGGCCGAUUCUCGUGCAACGUUAACGAGUGGUGACUCUCGGUGAACCCGUGAGAUUAGGCGAGCACGUUUCUACCGCGUACGAUCUUUCUCCUCCGUUAGUCCGUGCCCGUCGCAACUCGAGAACUACUUCGUAACUAUAUCUAACCCGUGUUGAAUUAACGCGUGCUAUCAAGACGGCGGAGACAGGGAGCCGGUUGUUUUACCGUAAUUAACGACGGUGAAGGUUACGAAGAUCCGGAGCACGUCCUUUUUUCACGCUCUCUAUCUCGCUUGCCUACACACCGGAGAGAGAUUCCUUCUUAAAAGGCACGAUCAAUUUUCCAUGGGGGAAUAGAGGUUAAAAGAAGCGGCAGGAAAGGAGCAACAAAGGAGGAUAAACGUUGUUAACGGACACGUUUGCUCGGCUAGGCACAUACACACACACACACACACACGAUAUCGACGUAUUCGGUGAUAAGCUAGCUAACUAUCGAAUACCAAACGACACGUUUCUCCGCGGCUGAUUGGCAAUUAACAAUGCGGUGAUUGGACGGAGCCGGUUUCGAGCGACGACUAGAGAAGCCCCUCGAAUGGAACAGAGAAAAUCGAAGAUCGCGUGUCGUCGUUGGCCGUGAGAAAAAUAGAGAAAUAAACGCGGAUCAACGAAACGCGACCUACUCUACGCGCCUGUCCAACGAAUCUCGAAAUUACUCCUGCGUACGCUUUUCGGGGAAGGAAAAAGCAGGGAAGAAAGAUAGAAGAAGAGCAAAGAAGAAAAGAAAAGAAGAAGAAAAAAGAGUGGGAAACGCGAUUGGACGACGGGAAGGUUCGCGGCGACAUGCGAGUGACCUUGCAACGCGACUUGACCGAAGCGAUCACGUUUUUAACACGCGAGAGUGCGAGAGUGGCGAGAACGCACUGGCCGGAGGACAGAAAGCAGGAGAGGAGAAGUAAGUAGAAUAAGUAGAAUUAGUGGCGACUGGGGUAUCGCGAGUGUGCGCCGCGUGUCCCGCAAGGCGGAACCGAGGGAACCUCGGCAGACGAGGCGAGAGACGACGACGAUGACGGGUGGCGACUCGCGACGAUCGAGGGAGGCUGAGGACUCGCCGGAAAGCAGCAACACGAACUUAACAGCCUCCGUGGAAGCGUUUAAUAAAACCUAGUCGUGGCUGGAGCUUUAAUGUUCGUGAUCGGCCUCAGCGAUGAAGCGGGCGUCGAGUGCAUCCGCCGCAGCUGCUGCUGCGACCGCUGCCUCGCAGGUGCAACCUGCGGUCAGCUUACACGGCAGGAUACACGAUCUCUUUAGCCCGAUAACGGCGGCGGGCUGCGCGGACAAGGAGGAAUACGAGAAGCUCGCCGAAACGAAAUCCAGGACAGACACGACCAAAGUAUUGCCCAAGGGAAACCCGAACGAUGACACUAAGGCUAAGUCCACGGCCAUGUCGCGGCUCUUAGCCGUCGAUUCUGACAAUUACAUGCUCCGCAAGGGCUCCAGCUCGGCCAAUGGCGCCGUCGCCUCGACGUCCGCCGUCUCCGCGACGAUCGUGCCGUCAGCGUCGAUACCGAACGCCAGCAGCACCGCGUCGAUAGCCCCGAAUCUGCAGCUGCACCCUAGACAGAUACCACCGGCGCGUAAUUUUCACGCCAACCUGCUCGCCGUCACCAGCAAUGGAACCUACAACGACCAUCAAACCACCGUCUCGAUCACCAACAACGCCACGAGUCCCGCAAGCUCGAUGAAAACUCUGCCUGCCAAUGAGCAUCCUUUGCUACCCCCGGAACCGGUCAGACCUAAAGGCAGUAUCGCGUUGUCCUUGCUCAAACGAUACUCCAACUCUGUCAAUCAGCAACAAAUUCACACGGUCAAUAACGUUGCUUCCUCCUCCUCAUCUUUCUGCUCUGUCAACUCCGCCAACUGCGCGAAUUUUCCCAACGCUCCGAUCAUUCGGAGGCAACAAUUCUCCAAGUCAUCGUGGGCCGCCCUUCUGGACCAGUUCCAAUCGGAUCUAGCGUUGAGAAACGCUCCAAGGGAAUUGCUGGUAAACGCGGAGGAGUUCUCGCGUCUCUGGCCAAGUGGGCUUUUCCCAUGCGCGAGAACGGUGUCGUUUCAUCAGUAUCUGUGCUCGUGCAACGAUUUUCCUCGGCAACGGAACGCCGGCGAUCCGUCGACGAACGGUAACGCUUACGAUGUAGCGUCAGAGGAGGGCAUCUAUUCGAAUUCAGUCGGUCACGAGGGCUUCGGUGGUGAUAGCGGGCAGCGUGCCCUUGACAAGGGCAUUGGAACCGGCCGCGAACCGGCUGAUACGCGUAAUCUAUGCUGCUGCAUGUGCGGUUCUCUAUGUCCUCCAGAGUGCCAUGCGUGCUUCCACGUGGUCUGCUCGGAGUACAGCGGGCAGCACCUCUGCCAAUGGAGUAGCAAGGGUCACGCGCUACCGGGCCAGUUUCUCGACAAGGACAAGCCCGUGAGCGAGUGGACGUCCCUAAACGUCGUCGAAUGGAUGGCUGCCCUAAAUCUCUAUCGCUAUGCGGACGUUUUCAAGUCUAAGGAUAUCAAGGGGAGCGAUCUUCCUUUCCUGGACCGGGAUAAGCUGAUGAAUAUGGGCAUCAAGGAUGACUUCCAUCAGAAGACCAUUCUGGCCUGCAUCGAGGAGCUCUGUCAUGCUCCGGCUGCGAGCGCCACGUUGUCGGAGGCGGCCACCAUGGCCACGUCGAACGCGUCCUCCGGUGGCGUGGUCAGCGACGCGAUGGCCGGUGGUAGCGGUUCCGCAGCCACCGGUAAUUCGCCGCACACCCUCAUGCCACAGAGCUUCAGCGUGAUGGAGAAGUGCGAUAAGUGCCAUAAAUACCUCAGGGGCCUCCUGCACCAAGGCUUUCUCUGUCUGGAUUGCGGUCUGGUAGCUCAUAGGACGUGUACAGCGACGGGUUUACCCUCCAACUGCAUGCCAGUCGACUCGGAAAAUCGUGCCCAUAGAUUUACUCCAGUAUUCGGUCUUGGCCUGUGCUCGCAAUUCGAUAUCUCCUCGCGUUCAGCUCCGCUGUUGGUGGAAAGAUGCACCAGUGCCUUGGAGGAGAAGGCAUUCGAGGAUAGCACGCUGGAUCUGUACAAAGUCUACCACAGUAGCCCUCCCAACGAGCAAAUCGUGGAAUUGAGGCAAAAGUUGAACGAAGAUGUAUGUAACGCUGAUUUAAGUUCGUAUAGUGCUCAGUGUGUAGCGAGCGUGUUGAAAAAGUUUCUGCGAGAGUUGCCGGACCCUGUGAUUCCUGUACAGUUUUACGACAGAUUUAUAGAAGCAUCCAAUACGAAAAGCGACGAACAGUGUGCAGCACGCCUGGGACAGCUCAUUUCGGAACUUCCGGAACAUCACCGUAGUACCCUGUUUCACUUGAUGGCUCAUUUUUGUCGAAUCUGUCAAUUACAACACGGUAGAGGUUACACGGAACCUCCCACGAUCCUUAUACAAGUGCUGUGUCAUAUUUUCGUCAGGCCUCCUUGGGAGCGGAUCGUACAAAUUGUUCACAAUAUCGAGGCCCAUAUACGAAUAGUGGAGGUACUGUUGUUGCAUGGCGAUUGGAACGAGAGAUUGCCGCAAUUCGCGAGUCCUCCGCAGCUACCACCGCGAAAAGUUUCGAGGCCGCAGUUUCCAGUUUUAGAUCCGUUCUCCGUUCUCGAUGAGGAUAGUUCUAUGGACCGAACGGUGUCAGUCUCGGAGAGCAAGGAGUCUCAGCAACAACCCCACAGGCCACGCACGCUUCAGGAGGCCGAAUGGUAUUGGGGAGACAUCACCAGGGACGAUGUGAACGAGAAGAUGAUCGAUUCGCCGGAUGGAACCUUCUUGGUACGCGACGCGUCUUCGAAAGGCGGGGAGUAUACACUGACAUUGCGUAAAGGUGGGACCAACAAGCUUAUCAAGAUUUGUCAACGGAACGGGAAAUACGGCUUCUCGGAACCGUAUAACUUUCAUUCGGUUAUCGAACUGGUGGAUCACUACAGGAAUUGUUCUUUGGCACAGUAUAAUUCGACGCUCGAUAUUAAAUUGUUGUAUCCCGUAUCUCGGUUUCAACAGGACGAUGAAAUUGCAAGUACAACGGAUAUGGCGAAUGUUGCUCAGAAAUAUGUCGAACUUGACAAGGAGAUAACCGUUGCGUUGAAAGAGUAUAAGGAACUCACGGAACUGUACAAUAGAACGUCUUUCGAGGUACAGCUGAAACGGCAGGCGUUAGAGGCUUUUUCGGAGGCUAUCAAAAUGUUCGAGGAUCAAAUGAAAUUGCAAGAGAAAUUUCAUAAGGAAGCUCAACCGCAUGAAAUAUCGACGCUAACCGAUAAUGCCGAGUUGUUGAAACAAAGACUGAAAUCCUUAGAAGAUAGCAGGGUACAAUUGGAUUGUAGCUUGAAGGAACAGAUUGCUUAUAACAGAACUCUUGAGAGAGAAAUGCACAGAUUGAAACCUGAACUCUUGCAACUCGUACGUCAAAGGGAUAAGCACCUCAUAUGGUUGAAAAAGAACGGUAUGAAACAAGAUAAAAUAAGCCAACUCAUAAUGAAUCAUUCGCUAUCGAAUCCUUUAUUGGGCGAUCUAACUUAUGGAAAUCUUCAAGAAGUAGAUCUUGAAGUUCAUUUCGACGAGACUACGUGGCUUUAUCUCGAAUGUUCUCGUUCCAAUGCCGAUCGAAUUCUUGCCGAUAAGCCAGAUGGUACUUUCCUUAUUCGAACAUCGAGAACUGGGCAAUAUGCACUUUCCAUCAUGUGUAAUGGUACCGUGAAUCACUGCAUAAUAUACGGUACCGAACGUGGUUUUGGAUUCGCUGAACCCUACAACAUCCACGAGAGUUUGAAACAUUUGGUGCUACAUUACGCUCAGAAUUCUUUAGAGGAACACAACGAGAGUCUCAACACGACUCUAGCUUAUCCGGUUUUCGCCUCGCCCGCAGCGUUAUCACAGUUACAGGCUCAACAGAUGCAGUUGCACAUGCAGAAUCAAUUACAGCUAACACGUCCUCUCGAAAAUCAGCAUUACAUGACGCACACGUAAUGUUCGUGUGCCGAUCAGUGGAGUUACAAAGAUAUUAAGUGUGCGUAAAGUUUCUCGGUUAUCACCGAGAUUUGAUCUAUAGAUCGACAAUGCGAUAACGGCGACAAAUGAUUUUUCAAGCAGAGUUCUGCGAAAUUUCUAUUCGUUUUAAUCGAUACGGUGGUACUGUCCGUAGAGAAACUACUAACACGCGAAAAUUGAUGGUUCCAUUUUUAUAGGCGGGGAAGUAAACGCUUCCUGAAACGAAGUACAGUGGUAUUAAUAACGAAGAGAGAGAAACAUUGGUAGCGGUAGUAAUCCUCAGAAGCUAUAGUUUAUAAGGUAAUUAUGUACGUAUGUUACCGUGGCGCAGUAAAUAAUUGUUUCGGUCGACAAGACCAGUGAUACAUACACACGUACAAUACACACAGACACAGACACACACACACCGCGUAGAAUUUACAGUUACUCUUUUGGGAUCAGCAGACCUUGUCGAUAGGUCUUGUCGACGAUCAGCAUAAAAAUUAACUUUGGCACGAGUGUGCGAGACCCUGAGAACGGAAAUGAUUUUUUUUUUUUUUUUAUUAUCAGUUUAUUCUUUCGAGGUAGGAAGAAUCGUUUGGGUGUCGGAAGGUGUUACGUUACUUAUUCGAUCGAAUACGUCAGAGUAACAGAGGCAUAUAUCUAGUCUUACAGGCAAUUUGAAGAAACGAAUACGGUAGAACAGAACGAAAUAUAUAAGUCUGACUACGCUCAAACUACUCGCAGUUUCGAUUGGUAAUCAGGGUAGUUGCAUUUCGUAAAAAAAAUUUGAUACUAAUCUAACGACUAAGAUCGAUGGACGCAUCCGUGCCCCUCGGGCUGAACGGAUAAACACAUUUCGUAGACCGCUGUACUUCUGACUUCUUCGAUAUUUUUUUUUUUUUUUGUGAAUAUUUCCCAAACUUCCGUUUUUGUAACGCGCGGCACACGAUACGUGCGGGGGCUACGUUUACGUCGAACGCGACCGACGAGGCGUGAGAUCUUCAAUAGUGAUAUUAGAAUAUAUAAUUAGACGCAUCGCAACAUAUACUUGAGCCUUUUGGAUGCUUACGGAAAGUUUUUCGUAGUGAUUUACAAUAAUGUUAAAGUAGCAUUUAAUACCCGUUGUACGAUUCGACGACGACGAUCAAAAUGCUACUUCCGUUCGACCGUCGAUCUAAACGUGCCCGCCGCGUUACAUUCGAGCUUCAUUACAACGAAAACAAAAUUUACACGGAUGCGCGGGAGCUUUUUUAUAUACGAUAGAUUUCAAGUGCUGUGCCAGAUCUGUGUAGGCUACUGCGCGUGUUAAAGCACGUGUGCGUGUGCUGAGAGAGAAAGAGAGGGAGAGAGUGUGUGAAAGAGAGCGAGUGAGAGCGCGAAAGAGAGAUAGGGAGAGAGGGAGAUCAUUUUUCGAGAAGUUAAACAUAUUGUCUGUGAUUUCGGAUUGCCGAGAAAGAAGAUAUAUAUAUAUAUAUACACAUAUAUAUACAUACCAUGUAUAUGUAUAUACAUAUAUAUACACAUUAUCGUGUCUAUUAUUUUCCAACCGCUUUUUACGAUUCGCUUUUCUUCUACUAAUAGCUUGUACUACUACUACUACUACUACUUCUACGCUACUACUAUCUCCACU